AUGGCCACGCCCUAUUUAAGACCAGUUUCCCCCGUCUCACUCUCUCGUCGUAACAAAGGUAAAAAAGAAAACAUGGAGAAGCAAAACGACGUGGUGGUAAGACUAGCGAAGCAUGUAAUAGCUAAGGUUGCCGACGGCUCCAACCUUGUCUUCUCACCAACCUCAAUCAUAGUAUUGCUCGGCAUCAUUGCAGCAGGUUCUAAUAGCGUCACUAAAGAACAUAUCCUCUCAUUCCUCAACUCGCCGUCAACGGAUCACCUCAACACAAUCUUGGUCGAGAUCAUAUCUGUUGCCCGUAGGGAUGUUAAUGUGGUAUCAACCCCACAGGGACGACGGUCCAGCCCGUGUCAAAGUAUUGACGGCCUUGGCCCUGACUUUUGGAGCCUACUUGAUGAUAGGGAGAGCUCUGCCUCUGGUGUGCGCUUAUCUGCAGCUAAUGGUGUAUGGAUCGACAAGUCUGUCUCCUUGAAGCCUUCCUUUAAAGAGAAUUUAGAGAAAUCCUACAAGGCUACUUCCAGUCAGGUUGACUUCUUUAACAAGCCUGGUGAAGUCAUUGAUGAAGUGAAUACAUGGGCUGAAGAUCACACCAAUGGACUCAUCAAGCAGAUUCUUUCAAAGGAUUCCAUUGAGGAUAUCUGUCAAAGUACAUUAAUACUUGCAAAUGCAGUAUACUUCAAAGGAGCUUGGAGUGAAAAAUUCGAUGCAAGGUCUACAAAAGAUAAUGAUUUUUACCUUCUUGAUGGCACCUCUGUGAAAGUCCCUUUUAUGAACAGUCACAAGGACCAAUACCUAAGACGCUAUGAUGGUUUCCAAGUUUUACGCCUCCCUUAUGUAGAGGAUCAGCGUCAGUUCUCCAUGUACAUUUAUCUUCCUGAUGCUAGAAACGGAUUGCCUACCCUGCUUGAGAAAAUAGGUUCUGAACCAGGAUAUCUUGAUAACCAUAUUCCAAAUUACCAAAUAGAAUUGGAUGCUUUUAAAAUUCCGAAAUUUAAGUUCUCUUUCAAGUUUAAAGCUUCGGAUGUUUUGAAAGAUAUGGGGUUGACUUCACCGUUUAGGACUAAUGGAGGUGGUCUAACUGAGAUGGUUGAUUCACCUACCAUCGCUGAGAAGUUGUACGUCUCAAACAUUCUUCAUAAUGCUUGCAUUGAGUUGGAUGAAGAAGGAACUGAAGCUGCAGCCGUUUCUGUUGGCGAAAUAAGUUUCUUUUGUUUGAGGAAAAAUCCUGAUUUUGUAGCUGACCAUCCAUUUCUAUUUACGGUAAGAGAAGACAAGAGUGGAGUAAUUUUGUUCAUGGGUCAAGUUCUUGAUCCUUCAAAACAUUGA